AUGAAAAAAAAUCCACAUAAUAUCCAGAUACGCACUUAUUAUAGAAAGUAUAGGAAUCUUCUAUGUAAACUGCUCAAAGUGGCCAAGAAACGUUACUACACUAAUAAAUUAAACUCUGCUAACAAUAAUCAGAAAUGGCAGGUGAUCAAUGAAAUUCUCAAUAAAACCACUAAUAACAUUCCACAAAAGCUCGUCAAUGCUGAUGACAACAUUCUAACUAACAACACUGAUAUCGCCGAGGAAGUUGUCGCAUUCUUUACUAAUAUUGGACCGAAUCUAGCUGAUAACAUAACUAACAACGGUGAUCAUAACAAAUAUCUCAAUAGAUGCCAGUCUAAAUCAUUCUUUUUCCAUUCUGUGUCUGAGCAUGACGUUUUCACCGGGAUCAAUCAUUUAGACUCCAUAAAGUCUGUUGGUUACGAUCUAAUUCACUCAAAACUUGUAAUUCAGUCAUCUUUCAUUAUCUCAGCUCCCCUUGCGCACAUCAUUAACUGCUCAUUUAUAAAAGGUAUUUUCCCAGAUCAGCUAAAAAUAGCCAGGAUUACUCCAGUAUUUAAACGAGGAUCCAGCACAUAUGUGGGAAAUAACAGGCCUAUUUCGAUUCUUCUUGUCAUUAGCAAAAUUUUUGAGACAAUUGUUGGCAAACAAAUAACUAAUUACUUAGAAAAAUAUGAAAUACUACAAAAAUUCCAGUAUGGUUUUCGGAAAAAACACAAUACUAAACUGGCCCUGGCUGACUUAGUCAAAGACAUAGUUACAAAUCUGGACAAUGGAUAUAUCACUAUUGGUAUAUUUAUUGACCUAAAAAAGCAUUUGAUACCAUUGACCAUAGCAUAUUAA